AUGGCGCUAAAAUCUGCGAUCCGCAACUUGCGGAAUAAUCCUCACUUACUCUUCGUCCGUCUCCCGAAUCUCUUGUCCUUCCUAUGUAUUGUUGUCGGCGUGGUCUGGCUUCUCCUUCUCCCAUUGAACGACUAUUCGCGAAACACCUAUAUCUCCGAGAAUGCGCUACUUCCCGGCCAAGUACAUGCCUAUUUCACGGGCAGUGAACAGAACAUCUUCCGUGGAUAUAAAAAAGAACUGGAAGGAUUGGUGACUGAAGGGCGUGAAAAUGGACCUCAAAACCCCGAGUUGGAGUUGACUCCAGCGAUAUCUAAUAAGUUCUAUUCAAUUUUGCAAGCGGCAGGGUUGAAGGUCGCAACCCAGAGAUACGAGUACACAUCCGCGGGUAUCACACACCAGGGAGAGAACAUCUAUGGAAUCAUUCAUGCGCCUCGAGGCGAUGCAACAGAGGCAAUCGUGUUAGUUGCAGCAUGGAAGACAGCAGACGAUGAGAUGAACCUGAAUGGUGUUACCCUUGCCUUGACCCUUGCGAGAUAUUUCAAACGCUGGUCGCUUUGGUCUAAGGACAUUAUCUUCCUUUUCACGCCUGACAGCAAGACUGGUACUCAGGCAUGGAUCGACGCUUAUCAUGAUCUUCAGCCAGUAUCGGUGCAACCCCUACCGUUGAAGAGUGGUGCAUUGCAAGGAGCAUUGGUGAUUGAGUACCCGUUUGACCAUCGCUUCGAAACCCUUCAUAUUGUCUAUGAUGGUGUCAAUGGCCAGCUGCCAAACCUGGACCUUUUCAACACGGCUGUCGCUAUUGCAGGCGGACAGAUGGGUAUUGGGGCCAAUCUGCAAGAGAUGUGGAAUCAUGACGACAGCUACGAGGCGCGCUUGCAAACGAUUCUGCGCGGCAUGACCAAACAGGGUCUUGGCUAUGCCACCGGAGCCCACAGCAGCUUUAUGCCAUACCAUAUCGACGCGAUAACUCUACAACCCAAAGGCAAUGGGUGGGAAGAUGAAAUGGCACUGGGACGGACCAUUGAGAGCCUUUGUCGCAGCCUGAACAACCUUCUGGAGCAUCUGCACCAAAGCUUCUUCUUUUACCUGCUCAUGCAGACGAAUCGUUUCGUCAGCAUUGGUACUUAUCUCCCCAGUGCCAUGCUGAUUGCGGGUAAUUUUACUAUCAUGGCAAUUGCGCUGUGGAUGCGGACUGGCUAUUACUCAGACGGCCAGUCGACCAGCUCUGCCAGUUCUGCGCCUUCAAAAACCAAGAGCGAAGAGGUCUCCAGCUCGGAUGCUAAACAACCUCAGAAGAUCGUUGCUGAAACGAAGCUGAACGGUACCGUUGUUGAGGAGCGCUUGCUAGCCCUGCCUCUAACACUUGUUUCUGGAUUGCAUUUGCUUGGUCUUGUUCCCCUCUGGAUCUUCAACACUAUUUUCCACCAGUACUUUACAACUGCGACAUAUAUCUUUGUUGUCGUUGAUCUCGUCUUACCUCUAGUUCUGGCCGCAUUACUCUGCAAUGGUCUUGGUCUUGGCACUCCCAUUGUACCGCAGCAGUACUUGUUGAUCAAAUCAUUCGCCCUCCUUCUGCUGGGUCUCUCUCUGUCCACAUUGGCGACCCUCAACUUCUCCCUUUCCUUCAUGAUUGGCCUCCUCUGCGCACCACUUAGCUUCAUUGCUCGCGUUCAAGGCCCGGCACCUGUUCGGUAUGCCGUUUCCACCUUGGGAUUGAUGUUUUUGAACCUGCUCUCGCCGCCCAUAGUUCUUCUGGGUGCCUGUUGGUACACUGGAGCCUCGGUUGAGACAGUACUUACCCAGGCCGCUUUUGGCUGGGAUGUUUGGGGCAUGUGGACGCAAGUGGUGGUGUGGUGCGUGUGGUGGCCAGCCUGGCUGAUCGGCUGUGUACUCCUGGGAUCCUCAAUGUUUUAG